GCCAUGUCUUAAAGCAAAAAGUGUUGCUCGCGACAGCUUGUCAAGACAAUUAUUUUUCCCAAACACAGAAAAAUUAAAAAUAAAUGCCAACGACACAUUAGCUUUCGUUCGGUGCAGUGUGGCCACCCAGUGUGCCGCCGCCGGGACACCGGACCGCGAUGAUCGUGUCCAACGUGAGCCUGAGCGGCUGCGCGGGGGCAAACAGCGCGCUGUGUGCCGCGGUCGGGGACAGGUACCAGGGGGGAGGCUCCUACCGGUCCACCCUGAGUCCGACAGGGAACCUGGUGGUGGCUGUGUGCCUGGGCUUCAUCGGCACUUUCGGACUGCUCAACAACCUGCUGGUGCUCAUUCUCUUCUGCCGCUACAAGAUGCUGCGGUCUCCCAUCAACCUGCUCCUGAUUAACAUUUCCAUCAGCGACCUGCUGGUUUGCGUGCUGGGGACUCCGUUCAGCUUCGCCGCCAGCACGCAGGGAAGGUGGCUCAUAGGGGAAGGAGGAUGCAUGUGGUACGGCUUCGCAAACUCCCUGUUUGGCAUUGUGUCCCUGAUCUCCCUGGCGGUCCUCUCCUAUGAGCGCUACAGCACCAUGGUGGCGCCCACUGAGGCGGACGCCUCCAACUACCGGAGAAUCUCCCAGGGCAUCCUCCUGUCCUGGCUCUACUCCCUCGCCUGGACUCUGCCGCCACUCUUUGGCUGGAGUAGAUAUGGUCCCGAGGGUCCUGGGACCACCUGCUCUGUGGACUGGACAGCCAAGACGGCCAAUAGCAUAUCUUACAUCAUCUGCCUGUUUCUGUUCUGCCUCAUCACACCCUUCCUGGUGAUCGUGUUCUGCUACGGGAAGCUGCUGUGCGCCAUCAGACAGUUUGACAGGCAAGUGAGCGGGAUCAACGCAUCGGUAAGAAGGAAGCGUGAGCAGCGCGUGCUGUUCAUGGUGGUCGUCAUGGUGGUCUGCUACCUUUUGUGCUGGCUCCCGUACGGCAUCAUGGCCCUGCUGGCCACCUUCGGGUCGCCGGGCAUGGUCACCCCCGUCGCGAGCAUCAUCCCAUCCAUCCUGGCCAAGACGAGCACCGUCAUCAACCCGGUCAUCUAUGUCUUCAUGAAUAAACAGUUCUACAGAUGUUUCCAAGCCCUGCUGCGAUGUAAGGUUCCUCGACGAGGCUCCAGCAUAAAGAGCUCCUCCAAGGUUGCCACCAAGGCCAUGAGGGGGAUCGCAAUCACUGGUACCCGCCGCACCAAUGACUUCUUGUUUAUGGUGGCUUCCCUGGGCCAUCCGGCGGCCUCCGGGCCCCAACUUGGACCGUUUGUGGAGCCAACCGUUGACAUCACCAAAGCCCCUUCUUCAGACAUCAACAGACAUGUCGAAGUGUCGAUUGCCAGUGAUUGGCUAUAACCACGAAUUCCCAAAGAGAAAUCAUGAGAGAAAUGAUGUUACUGAUGCAUGGAGAGGCGUAUCCGAGCAAAUCAGGUGGAUUUAUUGCAGCUGUUGUAUCAGCUUUAUGACAGCUUAGAGAUGGAAUGGACCGGUAACAGAGGCAAAUCUUGUACUGCCUUUGGUCGAUAUAUAAAACCAGCCGGAGCUUAGAGAUCUCUGCAGAUAAAAAGGAAACAUGGUAUUUUCUAGGCAUUUUAAGGAUUUCUUAUCACAUGUUUGCAUAAAGCACUGUUAUGGUAGGAGAAAACGAUUUAUAGGGAUAAUCUUUUGUGCAAUAUCUACGCUCGGUAAAGAAUUGACUAUGGCAUGAGAGAAAUGUAGCCUACUCCGAGUUCAGAAUGGAUAAGAUGUAUUUUUGUAUUGAUUGGUUAUUGAUUGUAGCAGUGGUUACAAAGUGAGGUAGAAAGAACACAUGUUGUUUGUCAUCUUAAGCAUUUCAAAGUAUUUCCUAAAGUAGACAACAUUAUGAAAUAUUUGAGCAAUGAGAAUGUACUUGAAUUGUUUUUUAAGUAUAAGUGUUUUAGCUUUUUAUUCAUUGCCCGUCAUUUUCCUUUUAAUUCAUCACUUGUCACUUUAAAUCGCAUAAAUAAUCUUUUGAUUAACUAGUUAAAUGUGUGGUUCAUUGAAAGUAGCAUUGCUAGCAUGCUAAGGGCAUUAACUUUCACCAGGGAUAUUGACCUAGGGUUAGUGAAAUAGGUGCAUGUUGGAGAGUUACUGUAUAGUUCCUUCAAUAAUGACGUGCAUGUGCACUGUUGCAGGAUGCAAUAGAGGUUGGAAAUAUACAGUGUCACAUAAUGUUCAGUGGUUAGCACUAAUACAGAUACUAAACUUGCUUUUUUUUUUUUAAAUGUGUGUAUCAACACACAUUUUGAGGGCUGUUAUAUAUUUGAUAUUACUUUUGUGACCAAACCCCAAAGCGCAGGGUGUACUAUGUGUUGAAGAACUGGUUCACAGACUAUUUAACAAUGAUUAACAGAUCAGUGCCUUGCUCAUUGGCACACAGUCAGGCUUUGAAAAAAGAAAGUAUAAAAGACAAUCCUGACCAAUAUGAAUUAUUUUCUAGUGUUGCAAAAUAAAACACUUUACUCGAGUCAACAAAUAUGCUUUAGAUGGAAUCAUUUUGUUCUGUGUGUGCUUCUGUCUGUCUGCAAAACUCAUUUGACACUUUUCCCUUUUGCAAUACAAAGAAGUUUUUUAAAGCCGUGUUGUCAGUGAAUGUCUAAGCUAUCAGUGGUGUGGUACUUUUUCGCUACUGCCUAAUUAGUGUGUGUGAUUUACUGGUAAUCCACUUUUAGCAAACUGUUUUCUAUGUGCUGUCAAGACCUUGUAUACAUUGUUGUACAUGAGUUGAUACAAAGCUAUAAAACUUGUGAAAUGUUUUGGAGGAGAGCUGUUCAA